UACUGUCAUAAUCUACGAAAGUACCUGUUUUGACUUUUUUAAUUUCAUUGUUUUAUUUAACUCAAUUUCACGUGUAGUAAACCAAUUAAUUUUUUUACUAAAUUAGCAUUUGUGGCAAUUAAUCGUAUUGUAAUAUGGAGAAGGACAUUAUGGCCGGCUGUUGCAAAGAUUUUUUAUCAGCCAGAAGUAAGUUACAAGAAAAUCGCUUGAGAUGGCAACCCGUUUUACCGCGAGUUUUCAACUCUCCACUACGCCCAGUUCCUGACACUUCUGUAGAACCCCUGGGAUCCUAUUCGGAAUCUGAGGUUCUCAAACAAUUGUUUCCCCAAACUUCUAACCAAAACUAUCUUUUCCUUGAAUCCGAUGUUAAAAAUUCAGUAAAUACGGAUUCAAAAUUAUCAUGUUUGCGUGUUGGUGUUGUACUGAGUGGUGGACAAGCUGCUGGGGGACAUAAUGUUAUUGUGGGGUUGUUUGAUUAUGUGAAGAAAUUGAACCCAAACUCCAAAUUAUUUGGCUUUCUUGAUGGCCCUCAAGGUAUAUAUUUAGGAAAUUAUAUAGAACUUACAUCCGAUAAAGUUGAGCAAUAUAGAAACCAAGGGGGUUUUGAUAUGAUUUGCUCUGGUCGUCAUAAAAUUCAUACAGAUCAGCAGAAAGAAGAUGCCUUAAAAGUUUGCACAAGUCUUUCGCUUGAUGGUGUUGUUAUAAUAGGUGGAGAUGACUCUAACACCAAUGCUGCAAUUUUAGCGGAAUUUUUUAAACAAAAAGGAUCAUCCAUUUGUGUCAUCGGUUGUCCUAAAACUAUUGAUGGUGAUCUUAAAAACAAAUUUGUUGAAACAUCUUUUGGAUUUGAUACUGCCGUCAAAACCUACUCGGACUUGAUUGGCAAUUUAUCAAGCCAUGUUUUAUCUACUCAAAAAGGUUAUAUGUUUAUUCGUUUAAUGGGUCGAUCAGCGUCCAACAUAACCUUAGAGUGUGCUUUACAAACACGACCAAACCUUUGUUUCAUUGGCGAAGAAGUUUCAAAAGACCAACGUUCGUUGCAAUCGUUAGUUGAUGAAAUCACGGAUCUUAUUUUAAGAAGAGAAAAGGAGAAUAAACAUUUUGGAAUUAUUUUGCUUCCCGAAGGUUUGAUUGAAUUUAUACCAGAAAUUGGAAUACUUAUUCAAGAAAUUAAUGACAUACUGGCACGCACGGAAUUUCAGUUUGAAAAACUUUCCGAAAACAGCCAAAGAGUUUUCAAAAGUAUACCAGAUUGUAUUCAAAAUCAACUACUUUUAGAUAGAGACGCGCACGGAAAUGUUCAAGUUUCACGUAUUGCCACAGAAUCCUUGCUUAUUAUGAUGGUACAAAGCAAAAUGAAGGCUGAAAAUGUUGGUACUGCUAUACCUAUGAAAGGCUAUUUUUUCGGAUAUGAGGGACGAUGUGCAUUACCAACAUUGUUUGAUGCAACAUACUGCUACGCAUUAGGCCAUACAGCCGGAGUUCUUCUUACAUACAAACUGACAGGUUACAUGGCGGUAGUUCAAAAAUUGCAUUUACCGCCACAGGAAUGGGUAGCUGCCGGUUGUCCACUUCAAUGGAUGAUGACUAUAGAGAAGCGCCACGGUGAACUCGUUCCAGUUAUUAAAAAAUACCUUGUUGAAGUCAAUAAGCCUUUAUUUGGGCUUUUUAUUUCUGUUAGGGAGGCAUGGAAGUGGGGUGAUUUCUAUCGCCAUCCUGGACCGAUUCAGUACGAAAACUCACCUAAUCUGACUUUAAAUUAUACAAUCAUACCACCGAAAUACGAAGACUUACUUCCGUCAACAAAAGAAAAUAUAUCAGCACAAUGCAAUGCUUUAAAAACAUUUUCUGGCUUGUCACCUCUGGCUAAACAACGGGUUGUCGCAACAAUUAGCGUACCUUCUAUUCUGACUAAUCUUAAAACAAAAGCAGUUCACAAUUUAUGUGAUACUAGUCAGAAAACGUCGGAUAACAGAAUGAUUUUUGAAGCUUUCCCAAUACAGUCACAACAGCAUGGAAUGUGUCACUAUGAGGUUGUUGCAUUACCUAAAGAAACUGAAGUUGCUGAGGAAGUUAAAUCUGUUAUAGGAGCUUUACGUGUAGGGGUUGUACAUAUUGGUAACCCUGUUACAGGAACAUCUAAUGUUUUGCAUGGAUUGUUCCGAAGACUGCAGCUGAUACAGCGAACGUCGACAACUAGCAGUGUAGUUUUACCUUGUGAAAAUUUCUCAUUGAUUGGCUUUAAAGGAAGUUACGGUUUAGUGAAUAAGAUAUAUGUAGAAAUUACUCAAAGCGACUUAGCUUUGUUUCAAAACUAUGCAGGAUUUGAAAUGUUAGGAACGUCAGUAGAAUACGAUUCUUGUUUGAACGAAUCCAAGCAAUUAGAAGAAGUAUUAAAGACAUGUCUUAAUCUUAAAUUGAAUGGUCUUGUUUUUAUAGGAGAUCAUACAGCCAUCACUAGUGCGGCUAUAAUUGCAGAGUACUUGUUAGAGCAUCAGUGUAGUACUUUAGUAGUUGCUGUUCCAGCAUCUUAUGAAAACAGUUUAUUGCAGACAGGUAUAGAGGCCUGUGUUGGAUACAAUUCUGCCUGUAAGUGUUAUAGUUCUAUCUUGGGAAAUAUUUUGACCGAUGCAGCAUCAGCCAAAAAAUAUUGGUAUAUAGUACGUUUAAUGGGUCACACCACUUCUUUUAGUGUUGUCGAUGUUGCCUUUGAAACGCACUUAAAUUUAAGUAUAGUUGGGGAAAAGUAUAGUUCUAAACCACAAGCCUUUGCUAGUAUAAUUGGGGAUGUAACAGAUGCAGUUGUUUACCGUGCUGAGCAAAAAAAGAAUUUUGGUGUUAUGUUAUUUUCCGAUGCAUUGUUCAAUCAAAUUCCUGAGCUUUCCCAACUAAUUUCAGAUGUCAAUGCGUUUUUGAAAGAAUUAACUGUUGAACAAUUUACUCAAAUAAAAACGUACUUUAAAUCAAAAUAUGGAAGCAACUUACUAAACUUUUCUGAAACGUCGUUUUUCUCUAAAUCGUCGAUUCAAUUACUUAGUUAUUUCCCUUUGUUUUUCCAUGAAGAGCUUAUAAGCAACAAAAAGGUUAUUGUUUCUGAGCUUUCUAUUGAGUUACUUAUAAGUUCAUUGGUAGAAAGUGAACUUCUCAAAAGAAAAAAUAUGAAUCGUUAUACUGGGACCUUCACGCCUAUAAGUUAUAUUGUUGGUAAUCAGGGUACUGUUCCAAUGCCUUCCGAGUUUGACUGUCAUGUUGGUCUUGCUUAUGGAUACUUGUCAUGUAUUGCUAUUGAGUCUAAGCUUACGGGAUACGUAUGUUCAAUUAGCAAUAUAAGAAGUCUUCCUUCAUCUUGGAAAAUGAGUUUAAUACCGUUUCUCCGCUUAGAAAAUAUUAGAUCGCAACCUUGCGCUGAUUUAGAAUCACGCAAAACCCCUGUUUUCGGUCCAUCACAAAUCGAUCUACAAGGACCAACCUUUAUGUCAUUGCGUCACGCGGAAAAAGAGUGGAUGUUGAUCGAUAGAUUUUGUAAUCCAGGACCAACUCAGUUUACGACUACAUCAAACAUAUCUUAUAACCAAACAUCUUUUUAAUUUAUUUUUUUCAAAGAAGUUACCGGAAUUCAAUUAUGAAAAAGCCGUUCAAUAGAAAAACAUUAGACUUUUAUUUUGUUUUCAUGGAUUCGUAGAAUUAAUUCAUUUAAAUAUUGAUUGAAGUUACAUUUUGCUCUAAAGUAUAAUUAGAAAUUUAAAAAUAAUUCUUACUAGCUUUAAAGAAUUCUAUUGCAUAAAAAAUGAACCCUUGUUAAGCGGAAUAUAUUGUCUUCUCGAAUUCUGUAAUGAUUCAAUCCAGGUUAUUUGAUAUUUUAUUCAUUAGCACCAAUUUUUGUAUCAUUUUUCUUUUAAAGCUAGUUUAUUAAAAAUUUACAUAACACAAGAUUUAUAUGACUA